GCAUAUCGACACUUGCAAUGUGGGAUGCCAAUAAGAAAUGAGGCCAGAUUGGGUAGAAUAGGAACCUAGUUAUGCUGGCGCUUAUUGGGCAACUUCAGGGACACUCGCAGCUCUCGAGAUAUGCAUUGGUCUUGUCAAAUUGCAAUCCGUUACCGCAGUUCUGUCCCACGGUUGACAGUAGACCGAACGCUGUAGAUUCUUGGCUUGUCACAAUCGACCCAAACAAAUUUUAAAAACAUCCAUUUCUUCCCUGUGUUUAAAAUUUUAGAUAAGUGUUUUUGUAAUUUACAAAAUUGUCUUGUUCUAUCAAAGAUCCUUGUGUGAAUUUUUAAAUAAAAAAAAAAAAGAACAGAAGAAGAAAUAAACCCAUCAGAGUAUGACGAAGAAACACACGUUGGUAUUGAAAUUAAGAAGACAUCCAAGUCGCCCUUGGGGAAUCCGAAUUGCCGGGGGCGCAGAUUUAGGCACUCCGAUCGUCGUCACCCGUUCUGAGAACGAUGAGCUCCGGAAGGGUGACGUGAUCAAGAAAAUAGACGAUUACGAUUCUCGUGAUGUGAGGCACGUGGACGCCCAGAAUAUUCUCCAAAAUUCAGAGUCUGUAAGACUAGUCGUGGAAAGGUCCGAGCCGUUGUCAAAUCUGGCAUACAAUCGAUAUACUUCACAGUCAUCGAUUGUCGAGUCAAUCCACUCUCACGACGAGGCUGCGUUCGUUAGUCUGCCUCAAGAAUCGCAGCCAAAAGUUCUGCCGAAAAGUCCAGUUCCUCCGGCUGUGUAUUCGCCUCCACGCGAAUACAAGACUUAUUCACCGGAUCACUUCGAGCCUCCUCGAGAACACAUCGAAGAAGUUCGUGAAGAAAGAUUUUACUUGUCUCAGCCGUACCGCACAACUCCUCUGGUCUUGCCAGGCGCCAAGAUCAAGAAGGAUGCUCCAUUAGGUGAAUGUUACCUUCGCCACCAUCCAAAUCCAAUGAUAAGGGCCGCUCCUCAUCAUUACGAGGUUGCUCAUCCCGAGGUGGCGAUGAAACAAAAGGUGGCGGAAUCAGUUAUGCAGCGUGUCUUAGGACCGAAUGAAUUACCAAAGGUUGUCCACAAGCAAUUCAAUUCACCGAUUGGACUGUACUCUGAACAAAAUAUCGCAGACACUAUUAAGUGUCAAACCACGGCCAUUCCUGCAAUGAAGCCGGCGGCCAAGUAUGAUCCAAGCAAAAGCGAAGCCUACAAAGCACUUCAAGAAGAAGAAAUGGGCGACCAUGUACAUGAAGUCACUCAGCCAGCACGUGCUGGUGUUUUUGCACCCCAAAAAGCUCAUCAUCACAGACAAGCACACGCACCACCAAAAAGUCCUGCUCUAUCAUACGGUGGAAUGUAUCGUCCCUUUCCUCUUCCUUUCGUAAAGGACCGCGUCAACGGCUACUAAAUUUAUCCAUCAAUUGCCAGCGGCUACGAAGAUGAUGAAAAAAUUCACCAAAGCAACAGUUUCAAGAGGAUUAUGUACAGUGUGCUUGGAACAACGGAUUAUUGAACGCUUAAUCCACUAAAAAAUUUAUUAUAUGCUAUAUAUGUAUCUUAAUAUUAUUUUGUUUAAAACGAAUUAUUUUAAUGUUAUAUACGACGACGAAAUUUGAUUAUAGAAGCAAUGUUAAAUGCAUUAAAUAAUUAUCAAAUAAAACAUAUUUUUGAUGAAAAAA